AUGGAAGAAGAAAGCGACCGGGAUGCUCAGGCGGUGCCGUUGCUUAACGCCACCAGCUUCGGCGCCAUAGACCUCGCCCUUGGUAGGCAGCCAAUAGGCAUGCCGUUCCAUGCAGAAGUCGACCUCACGCAAGCCAUCGAGGCGCCCUGCCAGACCCUUAAGCAGCAACGGCGUACGACGAUGUACGUGCCACCGGCUUCCUACUUUGGUGUUGCUUGCCGGCGAAGGUAUCCACGAGCUCUGCGAGAACGAUCACGAUCGCGAGGCUCGACACCGGAUGGUGCCGAGUGGUUGUGGGGCGAGGGCAGGGGCUACGGCUUGGGGCGGUGGGCGCGUUGGAAGAAAAGGUUUUGGUGGUGUCGGUAA